AUGGCAAGCUCACCCUAUGCGGUGGAUCGCACUCAACUACGCCGUCAUCGAGGCAUCGUUCCAGUCCUGGAGCAGAAAAGGGGGCCACGACCAUCUCCAGCUCCAGUGCUUCCGGUGCCUGGCACGGAAAGCAUCCCAAUGCCACAGUUGCCACAGCUGCCAUCGUGGUGUGAUCCGCAGGAAGGUUCAUUUCAAGCUCCAGAUGCACAGGAGCCUCUUGGAGAUUCCGUCCCAAAAGAGGGAGUCGGAGAGUCGCAGAGUGCAGAGAAUACAGAAGUGAACGGAGAUGAUGCAAACAAUGAUGAGAAAUGGCAAGAAGGUUUACAGGACAUGAAGGAGCCUGCAAACCGAUUGCCGAAGCCAACCGAGUUUGUGCAGAAUGAUGGGAAAGCUGGCACAGUUGCAGCUCGGUCGUCCAGCAAACCAAGUGCGGGUCAGGCACCACCUGCACUCCCAACCAGUCAACUGCAGAGUCGACAAGGAACUUCGCAAAGACCACGGCCCCGAUCUACAGAAAAAACUCAGCAGCCCAAAGGUGCCCGCAAAACUCCCCAAAGGAACCCUCAAGAAGACAGACGCGGGAGCCCCCGACGGGCUCCUGAGACCCGGGACAUUGCUAGCAGUCCAAUGUCACCAACCUUUGAAGCACAUGGUUUAACAUCCAAUCAUGCAGAGUCUCUUGGUGGAGUAUUGAAGGAGCUGGGUACUCUCCGUGAUGAUUUCAUCAUGGCCAAGCUGGAAAGCGAGCGAGGUCGCGAGCGAAUUCAGGAAUUGGAGGCCGAGAACAGAGAUUUGAAGAAGCGACUCCAGGAGGCUGAAAAGCAGAAUCGGCAGCUGCUUCAUCAGAAGCAAGACUUGGAGCAUUCUGGGGAUCUGUGGCGGCAGCGUUGGGAAGAUGCGCAGCAACAGCUUGAGGAGUGCUGGAAACGAUUCGAUACCUUGCAAGCUGCGCUUGAUAGAGACGAUAGAGCAGAACAGGAGCCAGAUCCCAAAGAGGAACUUGCUUCAGCUCCGAAGUUUGACAGCGGAGCUUGUGGGGCCUGUCAGGUGGAACUUGCAUCUCCAACAAGCGAAGUCCAAGAUCCACCCGUGGCACCCGUGGCCGUGGAUGGCAAGAUUCACUCUCAGCCGACAGAAGAACUGCUGAAGACUACAUGGACUCAGCAAGUCCCUGCACCAAGUAUCCAACUGCAGAGAAGUAUCCAGACCGGUCUCCAGACUCCUCCCUACAGUGGUUCUAUCCACCUAAAUGUUGGUGUCCCGGUUGCUUCCCCCAGAACCUUGCCUUCAUUUCCAUCUCCGAGGAUACAGCAGGCAGUCCGCAUAGUGAGCGUGCCACAAUCAGCACCCUUUCCGAACGUUUACUAUACGCAAAUUCCGCAGGCUCGGUUGCAUGUGCAGAGAAAGCUAUCUAAAAGAUCUAAAAGGACAGGAUGGGAAUGGAGAGGAAGACAGGGUGCAAAGUCCAAAGUUUUGAGAUCUUGA